AUGAGCAAGAAAUAUGUGUACUGGGAGAAGCAGGGCAACGACCGGAUGUGCGGUCUUCACUGCAUAAACGCCAUCCUGCAGGGCCCUCACUACAGCGAAGACGCCCUGGCCGCCAUCGGCAGAGAAAUCGACGAAAAGGAACGGGAGUUCCUCAAGUCCAGCGCAGGAGCUGGAGGAAGCGGUAUGAAUGACUUGGUCAGAAGAAACUCAUCCAACGUCUUGGACGAUGGAUUUAUAAACAUCUCAGUCCUCAUUGAAUGUCUUAGAAGGAAAAACAUUUCCGUGAAAAAUACAUUCCAAGAUGAUUUAAAAAAAAUCCUUUCAAGUGAUCAUCAAGACAUAGGAUACAUUUGCAAUUUAGAGCAACACUGGUUUGGUAUCAGAAAAAUACACAACACGUGGUAUGUUCUCGACAGCCUAAAGAGUGGCCCCCUCUAUAUAAAGGACAUUAAUCUGAAAUAUUAUUUCAAUGACAUUAUUCACAAGUACCAUGUGUUUUCUGUUCAGAAUAUAAAUCCUUAUGUGUCUUUGCCCAAGGCGGACGUUAACUUUGUGGCGAAGAAUCCCAAUCAGUUCUAUUUCUGUACAAGUCAGAUUUCUGAAAUAUCUGGAGUGUCUUCAAAUGGGUUUAUAAUGGAGGAAAGGGUUCAUUCUGGUACCCGUGGUGAGAAGACCUCUUUUUUUCCCUCCAGUGGGAACGACAAAGCUAACACAUUUAAGUGGCCGGAGGGUGGAGGGCGGAAGUUGAAUGACCAGGGGGGGAACGAUCUGACCACUGCACACGACGCGGACGAUGAGUUGCAGAUGGCGCUGCGGCUCUCCAUGCAGGAGUACGUUAAGAAUUUGCCCCCACCAGCAGAAGAAGAACCCACGGGGGGAAGCUGCAUCAACUUUAUGGUUAAACUUUCGAAUGGGAAGAUCCACAGGCGGUUCUGCGUCACGAAGACGUUGGCGGACGUCUUCUACUGGAUUGAGUACGAGUCGGUAAACAGGCCGGAGUUCGGCCCCUCUCUUCUCCUCAGGAGCAGCUACAACCUUUACCAAAUAUAUCCGCGGAGGAAGUUUUGCAAAUACCAGAAUGGGACCAUAGAGCUGCAAACGGGGGACAAGGUCCAACAGGUCCAGGACACUCCCCUGGUGGAUUUGAAGUUCGAGAAGGAGGAGACGUUCAUGUUGUCUUAG